GACACGCCCCGCGCGGGGACCUGUUCAGCUUCUCCGCUGUUGCCGCCGCCGCCGCCUCUGUUGCUGGGGGUGGGUGAGAGGAGGGGCUGAGAAGGACCCUGCACUGGCAGAUUCCCUGGCUGUUUUUGUACCUGAGGGGCCUCCUUUCUCCGUCACACCUUGAGUGCCGCGGUGUCGAGGGCAGUCCCUGGGGACACCUCGGCACGCAGCGGACAUGCCUCUCUUUGCCACCAACCCCUUCGACCAGGAUGUUGAGAAAGCAACUAGUGAGUUGAAUACUGCCGAGGACUGGGGCCUCAUCUUGGAUAUUUGUGAUAAGGUUGGCCAAUCUCGCACAGGACCUAAAGAUUGUCUUCGUUCUAUUAUGAGAAGAGUGAACCAUAAAGACCCCCAUGUUGCUAUGCAGGCUUUAACUCUUCUAGGAGCAUGUGUAUCAAACUGUGGCAAAAUUUUUCACUUAGAAGUAUGUUCAAGAGACUUUGCUAGUGAAGUAAGCAAUGUACUCAAUAAGGGUCAUCCUAAAGUAUGUGAAAAAUUAAAGGCUCUUAUGGUUGAGUGGACAGAUGAAUUUAAGAAUGAUCCACAGCUUAGUCUGAUAUCUGCAAUGAUUAAAAACCUUAAGGAACAAGGUGUAACAUUCCCAGCUAUUGGCUCUCAGGCUGCAGAACAAGCGAAAGCAAGCCCGGCUCUAGUAGCUAAGGACCCUGGCACUGUGGCUACCAAGAAGGAGGAAGAAGAUUUGGCAAAGGCUAUUGAGUUAUCCCUCAAGGAGCAAAGGCAGCAGUCAACCCCCCUUUCCACGUUGUAUCCAAGCACAUCCAGUCUUCUCACUAACCACCAACACGAAGGCAGAAAAGUUCGUGCUGUGUAUGAUUUUGAAGCUGCUGAGGAUAAUGAGCUUACUUUUAAAGCUGGAGAGAUUAUUACAGUCCUUGAUGACAGUGAUCCCAACUGGUGGAAAGGUGAAACCCAUCAAGGCAUGGGGCUUUUUCCUUCUAAUUUUGUAACUGCAGAUCUUACUGCUGAACCAGAAAUGAUUAAAACAGAGAAGAAGACAGUACAGUUCAGUGAUGAUGUUCAGAUAGAGACAAUAGAACCAGAACCAGAACCAGCCUUUAUUGAUGAGGAUAAAAUGGACCAGUUGUUACAGAUGUUGCAAAGUACAGAUCCUAGUGAUAAUCAGCCAGACUUACCAGAGUUACUUCAUCUUGAAGCGAUGUGUCACCAGAUGGGACCUCUCAUUGAUGAAAAGCUGGAAGAUAUUGAUAGAAAGCAUUCAGAACUCUCAGAACUAAAUGUGAAGGUGAUGGAAGCUCUUUCAUUGUAUACGAAGUUAAUGAAUGAAGAUCCGAUGUAUUCUAUGUAUGCAAAAUUACAGAAUCCGCAGUAUUAUGUGCAGUCAUCUGCUGUUUCUGGUGCCCAGGUAUAUCCAGGGCCUGCUCAGAGUGGUACCUACCUGGUUGCUGGGAGUGCACAGAUGACCCAUCUGCAGAGCUACAGCCUUCCCCCAGAGCAACUGUCUUCUAUCAGCCAAGGACCAGUUCCACCCUCUGCAAACCCAGCUCUUCCUAGUCAGCAGACCCAGGCUUCUUACCCGAAUGCAAUGGUUAGUUCUGUUCAAGGAAAUUCGUAUCCCAGCCAGGCUUCAAUAUAUAGUCCUCCUCCUGCUGCUGCUGCUGCUGUAGUACCUGUACCUGUUCCUGUACCUGCUGCUGUACCUGUACCUGCUGACGUUACCAUAUACCAGAAUGCAGGACCUAACAUGUCCCAGGUGCCAAACUAUACUUUAACAUCAUCAACCCUGCCUCAAACAGGAGGCAGCCAACAGCCACCUCAGCCACAGCAAGCAUAUUCUCAGAAGGCUCUGCUAUAGGACUUGAUGCUUGAUAUUCCUCUUGGUGGCAUAUUUCUGCUGAAUGCCACUGACAAUGUCAGGAGAUUCGGUAACAUCCUAAAAUUUGUUUUUCCUCAGCUUAUAAGAGUCUAUCUUGGUCAAGUUCAAAUACUCAAGAAGGUAGAACUGUCUUCAAUUUGCACUGACUUUUUAGAGGAAUGCCCCUCCCCCCCGAGGAAUGAAACUACUUACAACAUUUAUUUCCUUUCAUAAUAUGAAGAAUUGUUACAAGAUUAUUGUCUUGUAAAAUUACCUGGUCUGCAACACUCAAAAGAUCAAAAACUGCUGUGGCAAAUGUUAUGUACAUAUAUUGACAUGUAAUUUCAUUAGUGACCAUUUGAAUUACAAUGGUGAUCAUGUGAAUAUAUUUAACACUGUGUUAAAUUAAUUUACAUUGUUUUAUUUUAAUCAUGAACAAGUAUGUUUGCUAAUGUUUUGUGUAAAUUUAAGAUAAGUACACUAUCUUUUUAAGCUACAAGAGAACCAAGUUGUAGCACAUUGACCUGAAGGCAUUGUCUUGUAGUGUCACAUUAAAUUGAACCUUUUACUAAUUGUGAGGAAAGCGUGUAUGUUGUAUCUUCCUGUAGCUCCUGCCCACUGCUGGUUGUCAUCACACCAGCGUACAGUAGCCACAUUUUUGGUGCAAUUAGUGGAAAAUAAUGUUCCCUUUAAACUUUUAUAUUUUGGCAUGAUGUUCCAAGUAUUGUGGACCAUGAGACAAAAAUUAGUCUUUGUAUUUUAUUUGGAAAGAAGUAACAUUGAUUUACUUUUUCAUAGUUGACCAUGGUGAUUAGGUUUUAAAGCUGUAUUCUGUGUUUAUUAGUAGCAGUGACACCAAAGAUAGAGGCGAUGCACAUAGAGAGUUUUCAACUGGAAAAAAAAAAAAGAACUAACACUACAUUUUCAAAGUCUCUUGUAAUUUAUAGGGUAUAAACAAAAUUCGAUUCACUUGUCUUACCCCACUAGUUUUUUUUUUAAAAUGUUGUUGACACAUUGUAUCUUUUAAUUCUCAUUAAAAUGGAUAUAAAUAGGU